CCUCCUCUCGCGAGAUCUCCCAGCCAUGUUGCAGCGGAGGGGCUUGUAAACAGAAGGCAGCCCAGGGGAGACCACCCGGCGCGCGACCCCCCGCCAGCCCCGCCACCCGGGGAAGGAGUCGCUGGUCCGCCCGCCUGCCUGCCAGGCGUCAUGAUUCGAACGCAGAACCCGCUUCCGGCGGCGUUCCUGGUCCUGCCGGUUUUCCUGCUCCUGGAGCUUCCGGCUGCCCAGGGCUACAUUCACGCGAUGUCGGAUCACAAUUCCAGCAUGGAGUUCAACGACCUGCCAGCCCUUUUUGGGGAGCCCCUGCCGCACGAGGGGCUCGUGGGCUUUCUGGUGGAAGCCAAGCCGGCCAACGCCUGCCAGGCCAUCGAAGACGCCCCGGUUCUCUCCAACGGCACCGUCUUCAUCGCCCUCAUUCGGAGGAACGACUGCAGCUUCGACCUCAAGGUAUUCCACGCCCAGAAGGCCGGCUUCCGGGCUGCCAUCGUCCACAACGUGGGUUCGGACAAACUGCUCAACAUGGUUUGGGACAGCGAGGAACUACGCAAGCUGGUCACCAUCCCCUCCGUCUUCAUCGGAGAGAUGGCCGCCAGACUCCUUCGCGACUCCUUCACCUACGAGAAAGGAGGCCAAGUGAUCCUGAUCCCGGAAUACAUCUUCCCCCUGGGCUAUUACCUGAUCCCUUUCACGGGGGUCGUGGGAAUUGUCAUGGCCGUGAUGUGCACCAUUCUGAUUGUGCGCUGCAUCCAGCACCGGAAGAGGAUGCGGAGGAACCGGCUCUCAAAGGAGCAGCUGAAGAAAGUCCCCGUCCACAAGUACAAGAAAGGGGACGAGUACGACGUCUGCGCCAUCUGCCUGGAGGAGUACGAAGACGGGGAGCGGCUGCGAAUCCUGCCCUGCUCUCACGCCUACCACUGCAAGUGUGUGGACCCCUGGCUGACGCAGACCAAGAAGACCUGCCCCGUCUGCAAGCAGAGGGUGCUGCGCUCCCCGGACGACUCGGACUCAGAGGGCGAAGAGGGUCUCCGCGCCCCCCAGGACGAGGAAGAGGCGGGGGGCCAGGGGGGCCAUGGGGAAGAGGAGGAAGAGGAGGAAGGAGAGGAAGGGGGCGACUCGGAGCGCACCCCCCUCCUGCGCCCCUCGCCCAGCGCCGCCCUGGGGGGGCCCUCCUUCGGCAGCAUUGGGCAGUCGCCCCCCUCCGCCGCCCCCCAGGACCACACGCAAGAGUUGGGGGGCGAAGGGGACCAGGAUUGGGACCAGACGAAGGGCCUUCUUCCCAGGGGGCCCCUCCCGGUCUAGCGCCGUGCUGGGCAUGGGGGGCGCAAGAGGGGCACCCCCCGGGUCAGGCACCCCACCCCAAAGGGAAGCCGGAGUGGGGGGGGCGGCUGAAACCCCCCACUUCGUCCCUCCUGCUUUUGACCACUGAGCUUCCACUAUAUAUGUUAACUUUUCAGGGAGUCUGGGGGUCUUUGCAGCAUUUGGGGGGGGCGCAGGGCAGGAGUGGGGUGGGGGAGGUCGGUCCAAGACCCCUUUGGGUGUCUUUUUUAUGGGGGGGGGACAGGAUGCAAAAGCCAAGAGGGAGGGGGCAGGAAUCUCCUGCCUGGUUCCUUUGCAGGGUGGGGGGCACACAUCUCCCCCCCCAGAGCACAAGCCCCCUUUUUCCUGUGGGGGGGAGAGAGAGACCCCAUAGCGGCUGAAGCAGAGCCUCCCCCUCCUCAAACUUGGUGCAGGGGGGGGUCCCAAUUAAACACAGUAUUUUUUUUUGUGGGGAGGGGGCCAGAAAGUCCUGUAUCCUUUGGGGGGGGCAGCGAGGAGCUCAUGAUGAGGGACAGUAUAUAAAUUUAACACAUGGAUGGGGAGCCCCCCCUUGCAAAGCAUGCCAAACGUCACCCCCCAGCACCCUACAACUCCCAGGGUGGGUUGGGGGGGGUCCUUUGGGUGUAGACCACCCCACAUUGCAGCGCCCCCCCCACCUCCUCCCUCUUGCGAUUUUGCACUUUUCUCCCCAUUGUGUGCCAAGGAAUUGGGGGGGGGCUUCUUGUUCUCUCUGCCCCCCCAAAUUAAAAAGAAACCCUCCUCUUGGGGCUGCUGACCUUCCUAAUUUUCCACACUAACUUCCAAAUUUAGCAUCCUAGAAUAAUGAUUAUUGCGGGGGGGGGACUCUACCUUUUAACCCCCUUUUUUCCUUCCACGCCCCCCCAGGGAAUUUCUGCCGGGGGUCCGUUCCUCCCCCCCCCCCGCAAUGGGCAGGAUACUGACCCUCUUUCUGCGUAGGAACUAACAAGCAACGGGCCUCGGGGGGGGGGCUGGGUUUUUUGAGGUGGUGGUUUCGUGGGGGGGCACCAAGGGGGCCAUUUCUCCUCUUCCUCGCCCCCGCCCCAGCUGCUGCCUGCCAGAGUCGCUGCUGCCUAGCCUUCUCUCGAUCGCCUUGAAUAAUUUUUACUGUAAAGGACUUUUUAUUUUUCACUGUACAGUUUUAUGGUGGGACGCGAAGGGGCUGCCUCUGGGGCUUUUGCCUGGGGGGGGGGGAGAGUGGGGAAGACCCCCCCCCCCAGCAAAGGGCUCAGGCAUGCCCUGGAUGCAGAGGGGAAAAGGAAAUCAAGACUUCCAUAUAGUAAUAUUAAAAAAAGAGAUUUAAGUCGGAAUAAACGGAAGACGGUUUAAAAUAAA